GUUUUGCCUCCCGGAGGGCUGGAGUAGGGACCGAGCUGCGCGUUUCGGCCCCUCCAGCAGCCGCACGCUCCCGGAAAGCAAGUUUGGGAGGAUGAGCAGCAAAGAAGACCCCAGCAAGUGCUGUCCGGCGGCUGCUCCUAUCUCCAGUUUCACCAUACAGUCCAUACUGGGCAGCGGUAGCGCCGAGCCCCCCCGGGAGGCCGGCGGCAGGGCGGCCGCCUGGCCCCCCCGCGCCCGGACCCUCUCCCUCUCCUCGGAGGACGAGGAGCCUGAGGAAAGCUGGAAGCACCGCGGCUGCUUCUGCCCCGAGACUCAGGGCCCCGCCGAGACGUGCCACAAGCACCAGCCCCUCAGCUUCACCUGUCUCGGCAGCGCCAAGGGGAACGGAGCGGCGGCGGCGGGCGGCGGGGAGCCCCGGGGGCCUUUCCUGUCGCCCCCCCAGCAGGACUGUAAGGAGGAGAAGGAGAAGCCGCUGGGUCCCGCCUCUCCCUCCUGCGGGGACCGGCAGCGGGACGGCGGGGACCGGCAGGCCGGUGCCGCCAAGAAGAAGACGCGCACGGUGUUCAGCCGCAGCCAGGUCUAUCAGCUGGAGUCCACCUUCGACAUGAAGCGCUACCUGAGCAGCUCGGAGCGGGCCUGCCUGGCCUCCAGCCUGCAGCUCACCGAGACCCAGGUGAAGACCUGGUUCCAGAACCGGAGGAACAAGUGGAAACGGCAGCUCUCGGCCGAGCUGGAGGCGGCCAACAUGGCCCACGCCUCGGCGCAGACUCUGGUGGGGAUGCCGCUGGUGUUCAGAGACAAUUCCCUCCUGCGGGUGCCGGUGCCCCGCUCCAUCGCCUUCCCCGCCCCUCUCUACUACCCCGGCAGCAACCUCUCGGCCUUACCGCUCUACAACCUCUACAACAAGAUCGACUACUGAGCCGACGCGACGUGCGUGUGUCCCCCCGCCACCGCGCCACCGCACCCCCGCCCCGCACCCCGGGACGCCCCGUUGGGGCCGGGGGGCUCCGUGCGGGGUCUCGGUCCGCCCCCGCGGCGGGGACGGAGGAACAGGACUGAUGGGAGGGACGGGCA